CAGGGCCGCUCUUCUCUGUCUCCCGACCCGUGAACCUCUGCACCUGACAUCUCCACACCCACCGUCCGCGAACCUCGCUGGAGGCUUUCCCUUCCCUUUCUUCCUUCCUCUCCUUGUCUCUCGAGUAUAGACUGUAUACUUUUCACACACAUCAUACGUACAUCAUGCCGACGCAGCGAUAUGAACGGAUAGCAGAGCACGAUGACGAAGACUCCUCACCUAUAAGCCCGCAUCCACAAUACCCGGUGCCCUCGUCGCCGCCGCCUUCCUUCCACAGCCGCGCUUCCUCACCCACAGCCCUGGCCUCCCACCGCCUGCUCUCCGACGAUCCCCUCGCAACAGACGCAGACCGCACGCUCGCCGAUACCUUCGACUCGCCGUCCGAUGAUGAGGAUAGCGAUGACGAGCAUGGAGAUGGGAUGGAUGAUCGCCAGCGGCUGAUGCGCGGGAAUCCAAAUGAGGUGCAGAGUACGGAUGUGACUAGGACUAGCGAGGAGGCGCCGAAGCAGGGGAUACAGAGAAGGGUCACGCAGUUACCGGUGUUUACGAGUGCACCAGUUAGAGGGAGGAUAUAUGGUGGCGGCCAGAAUGAUGGCGUCUGGGCCAAUCUCAGCGCGAAGCCUACGAGAGGAGAGGAUGUCGAGGAGAAGCCUCCGACAUACGAACAAGCCGCCGCUGACGCUACACCCCCCUACUGGGAAACCACCAUCCUCGCCCCGGGUAUGGUCGGUGACGAAGUCUUCGUCGAAGGCCUCCCCGUUGGUUCCGUCUUCAGCUUCGUCUGGAACGCCAUGAUCUCCAUGUCCUUCCAGUUCGUCGGCUUCUUACUCACCUACCUGCUCCACACCACUCACGCCGCCAAAAACGGCUCCCGCGCCGGCCUCGGUAUCACCCUCGUUCAGUUCGGCUUCACCAUGAAAGGUGCCUCAUCUGUAACCCCCGACACAUCCAACCCAGGAGAGAAUUUCGGCGGCGGUGGCGGCGGCGGCCAGGCCCCCCCGGAUCCGAACGCCCAUGAUUUCGAUCCUAAUUCUGUGGCACCGGCUAGUGGACCUGUGUCCGGCGUGACGCCCCCGAGUUCGGGAAUUAGUACGAGUGAUUGGUUGGCGUAUGGGUUGAUGAUUGUGGGCUGGUUUAUUUUGAUCAAGAGUAUCAGUGAUUUUGUCAAGGCGAGGCGGCAUGAGCAGUUAGUAUUGCAAAGUCCGGAUCGGGGACUAGGGGUCGCUGUUGUGGCAGAGGGUGAGAGGCCGGAGACGAGUGUUUAGCUGUUUACUCUUCUCUUGGCAUUCUUUGGGGUUUCUUGGAUGUGUGGGAGGUGCGUUUGAGUUGGAUUGGGUUGAAUUGCACUGCGAUAAAUGGAGAGGGUUUUGGGGUUAAGAAGGUACGAGUAUCUUACCGCAGCGUAUCAACAACACUCUGAAAGACUCAGUUUUUUCUGUUUGGGUUUUUGGUUGGGACUGGUUCUUGUAUAGCGUGGGAUAGACUCCCGAUACGAUUUCUUUGGGUACUUUUGCUUCUAGGUGUAGAGAGGAGAGGAUCGAGAGAGAUUGAGAAUAUGAUAUCUUCUCAUCGC